GAGAUCGAGAUGCACAACUUGCUGCACGACCCCCCGAUGCCGUGGUGCCACAUCUGCGCGCAGGCCAAGGGGAUCGACGCCUGCCACCAGGGCGUCGCCAAGAAACCAGCGCCAGUCAUCCAGUUCGACUACGCGGAGGCUGGCAACAUACCUGCGCAAGGCGAGGAGGAGGUGCCGAACUUCGACUUCGCGGUGGCGGUCGACAUGGCCUCGGGAUUCCCAUGGGCAUCAUCGGUGCUCAGCCACGGUAAGGUGGACGUGUAUGCGAUAGCGUCGUUCACGUCCUACCUCUCGGAGCUGGGCUACAACAAGGUCAUCUUGCAGUCCGACGGCGAGCAGGCGGCAGUAGCCUUCACCAACCAGGUAAAGGCGAGGAUCGCGAGGCGAAGGCACUCGGGGCUCAGGAUCAGGCACGGCUCGAAGUUGCCCACGUGGUUGCCGAGGCACGCGGCUUGGCAGUACGCGCGCUUCCACAAGAGGGCGGACUCGGGCAUGGCGCCCCACGAGAAGAUCCGGAGGGUGCCCUACACCAACACGAUCCUGAUGCCAGGCGAGGCGGUGGCCUGCCGCCGCCCAGGGGCGCUUCUGAACAAGCUGGAGACGGCCUGGCUGGAGGGAAUCCGGCUGGGGCGCGACUCCAAGACCGACGAGCACCUCAUCGGCACGCCGAACGGUCUGGUGCGCAGCCGAGCGCUGAAACGCCGAGUGGAGGACAGGCGCUGGGACGUGCUGGAGGCCAUGAAGUGGGGCCCCUGGUUUGCGACGCCGACGAUCAGGGGCAGGCCGCCGAAGGUGGGGAGCGACCAGCAGCCCAUCAUCAUCGGCUCGCUCCCACUGCAGCCCGCGGCAGGAGUGGCGCCAGGGAGGGCGCCUCAGGCGGCGGGUGCCGCUGGGCCAGCGCCAGCGGCCGAGGCGGGCGCCGCAGGCGCAGCGGCCCCACCGGCGCCCGCAGCAGGUGAUGCAGCCGCAGCGGCAGCGCCACCAGCUCCAGCACCGAUGGACGUGGUAGGCGCAGGCCUGGAGUCGCACGAGAGGGCGAAGAGGGCGCGCCUGGGCGCGAUGCCGAUGCCCCCGCCGGCGCCAGCGCCAGCGGCCGCAGCAGCAGCGCCCGUGGCCCCUGCGGCUGGAGCUGCUCCGCCGCCGGCGGGAGUGCGUCCCGGCGGGGCCCAGGCAGCGCCAGCGCAACGCGAUGGAGGCACUGACGACGCGGAACCGCCGAGCCAGCGCAGGAGAGUUGCGGCGUUGCGCGAGGCGUGCGAGGAGAAGGAGCCGGCGAACUUCUACGAGGCGCGGCUCAAGCACAUCGCGAAGUUGACCAAGGGGUUCGAGCAGACCUUGCAGGGCAACGAUGAUUUCUUCUCGGCGACGCCCGCCACGAUGCACUUGAAGAUGAUGCUCGUGGACGCGGCGAGGAAGGGCCACGUGGCGGCGAUCGGGGAUUGCAGCGGCGCGUUCUACCAGGCGCCCUUGGAUCCUGACGGCACGGGCGCCAAGGUCUACAUCGAGCCUCCGCCGGAGGCCGGCCUGCCGCCCGACAUGGCCUGGAAGGCGGUCUCGGCCUUCCCGGGGCUGAAGGGCAGCCCGAAAGCCUGGGGCGCACGCCCCAGCAAGGUGCUGACAGGGGACAUGCAGAUGGAGCAGUCGCGCUACGACGGCUGCACCUUCUUCAAGAUCGACGGCGAUUACGACCAGAAGGCAGGGAGGCACAUCGACGACUUCCUCGUCACGGGGCCCAAGGAGCAGGUGAACUCGUCCCUCGGGGAGGUCACGGAGAAGCUGAACAUGCAGGAUUCGGUGAAGCUCUUCGAGGAUGGUGACGAGGGCCGCUUGUUGGCGCUCAACAUCAGGAAGGUGGACGGCGGGUUCACGUUACAGGGCAACCCGCUCCUGAUCACCGACAUAGCCGAGCUGCUGGGCAUGGAGAACGCGACGACCUCGGAGGUGCCAGAGACCAGCAACGCUAAGAAGCAGCAGGACGACGACGAGGAGCUCAGCGCCCAGGACGCCGUGCUCUACAGGUUGCGCGUGGGCAAGGCAAUGCACCUCAGCCACCAGCGGCCUGACAUCCAGCAUGUUGUCGACAAGCUGAGCAAGCAUAUGAGGGCGCCCACAGUGAAGGUCCGGAGGAUGCUCAAGAAGUUGGUCCGCUACCUCCUGAGCACGCGCGAGGUCCACCAGCUGCUCGUGCCACGCGGCGGGUCGGACUCCCUGAAUACGCGCAUUGAUAGCGACUGGGCCGACGACCCAGACACCAGGAAGAGCAUCUCGGGCGGCACGGUCAUGAUGCACGGCUGCUCGGCGCUCACGUGGGCCCGGACCCAGAAGACCCCGGCGUUGUCCAGCGCGGAGGCCGAGCUCUACGCCAUCGGCUCGGGCGCGGUCGAGACGCUGGGCACCGACACGUUGCUGAAGAAGGUGGGCUAUGGCGAGGCCGCGCCCGCGAUCAUGAUGGACUCGUCUUCGGCGCUCGCUGUUGCCAAGAAGCGGGGGCCAGGGAGGAUGAAGCACAUCGAGCUGAAGAUGUUGGCGGUCCAGGACUGGAUCAAGGAAAAGCGGCUCCAGGUCGGCAAGGUGCCGACCGAGGCCAACCCGGCCGAUGUCCUCACCAAGGCCUUGGCGAAGGAGAAGUUGGUGAGGCACGGCUGGGAGUUGGGACUGCGCGGCGGGCCCUUCGGCUCGCUCUCCUGGAGAGCGGCUGUGACGGGCCAGACGUGA